AUGCAGUGGAGCCUCGAGUCCGAUGGAUGGGCCCACAGCCCCAACGACGAAUCCACCAAUGGUCUCCACGAUGAACCAGUCAAAGUCUAUCAGAAGCCGGGUGCAAAUGACAAUUUUCUGCAGAUCAGCCUACAUGCCUGCCCGGUUUCGGUCCUUCUGCUACUGCUUUAUGAAGCCCCAUCCACAGCGACACUGAGCUUUAUAACCUGGAAUAAAGCCUACAGCCUAUUCCCACGAACUACCUUCGUUAGGAAGGAGUGUUAUCUUCUCCAGAAAAUCGAAGAUGGAGAGGCUGGAGAUAGUAUUCGGGCGCAUCUCACGGAGCUUUCCAAGAAUGGCAUCAAGACGAAAGCACACCAUUGGGAUGAUGAGCAGGAACACGAGAUCACACGCAUUCGACGCGUCGGAGACAAGCAUACUUGGGUCAUCAAUCUCGAAACGACUGGCCUAGAGAUUGUUAUGUCGCCCGUACCCGACGCCGCGAUCGAAGCCUCGACGUUCAAAAAUCCAGGAGUGGCUCGGAUCCAACUUUAG